AUGAACGCUGAAAGUUCGAAAGUCACCAAAAGACGUCUCUUUCCAGAAACUCCGUUGAUUCGUUGGCGUGAAGUCGCAAGAGCUGCGGGCAAUCGCAACCUCACGUCCGAACUUGCAAGACAGUUAAGACAGGCGGUAAAAGAAGAUCUUAAAGAGAGAAGAGCUGCAGUAAUAAACGAACUGCAGAGAUUUGUCGUCCAUCUGUUCAUUGUUCAUGUCGUCGACUCAUACCAGAUCCUUUCGCUUCGCAUAGCCGUCCUCGGUCUUCAACUGUCGCAUCAUAAGAAGAUCACUAUCAUCAACUGCUACUCACCGAUCGACGCAGCUGAUGAGUACGAAUUAAAUGCGUUCUGCUAUCAGUUGGAGGAAGUCUUCCGCAAUGAUAAAGCAUAUCAUAAAUUUGUUGUUGGAAACUUCAACGCCAAAACAGGAAAGACCAACGAGAGCGAAUACAGAAUCGGAAAUUUGGGGUUAGGACAAAGAAACGAGAAUGGAAACCGUCUCGCAGGACUGGCGGCAGCACGUCUCUUCCAUGGAACUCGUUUUUCCAGAAGAAAGAAAGAAAGACGCUGCUGGACAUGGGAGUCUCCCAACGGCAUGACUUAUGCGGAGAUCGACCAUAUUCUGAAAAACAGAAGAUGGUGCCUACUUGACACAUCGGUAGGCUCGUCAUUCUGCACUGGUUCCGAUCACCGCCUUCUUCGCGCGAAGAUUCGAUUCAGCUGCAAGCUGGAAAAGAACUUUCUUCAUCGACCACGAGGAAAAAAUCGAGCUGUAUACGACGAGAACAUUCUGAACGAAUUCCUGCCAAACGUGACUGGCAGAUUAAAGAAAAUCCGACCGAAGACUACGAGCUGCCUGUCGAAGGACUGA